AUGGAGGACUAUCUUGCGCUUCCCGUGCUCAUUGCGACCAUCCUUCUGUAUACCUUGUAUAAACGGCUGACUAGAAUCUCGAUUGCUGAUAUUCCAGGGCCUGAGCGUCAUUCCUUCUGGACAGGAAAUUGGCAACAGUUACGCCGGGAGGAAGUUGGCACUAUGGAUAACGAAUGGCGGGACGCUUUCGGGGGCAUCGCUCGUAUAUGGCACGCACUUGGGAGGGAUGCGCUCUGGGUCAGCGACCCUCAAGCCAUAAAUUAUAUCCUGGGCAAGAGUGGUUACGCAUUCGAGAAGACACCAGAGCGCAGAGUGACUGCUCUGCUUCUCGGAGAUGAGGGAAUCGACGGUGCAGACGGUGCGACUCAUAGGAGGCAAAGAAGAGUGAUGGAACCUGCAUUCUCAGUACCUGUAGUCAAGGCGUUCUUUCCAACCUUUAUGCAGUAUGCAGAGAGCCUCUGCUUACAAUGGGCAGACCUCAUCGACGGCUCACCCGGCGGAUCAAGUGCCGUGAACAUAGCCGACGACGUAAACUGUGCGAUGGUAGAUACUGUGUGUGACGCUGCGUUUGACUACCAUACUGGAUGUUUGCAAAAUGCUCACAACCAGCUUGCAAAGUCGUACAUGAACCUUAUGUCAGCGUUUGGCUCUCGCCCUUCGAGCGCGCGGAUCGUGUUUGAUUAUUUCACCGAAUACCUCACGCCACGAUUCGUAGCGGCAUUGUACCGAAAUCUGCCCAUUAGGGGCUUCGCCAAGUUGCGUCACAACCGCGCGGUCGCAUAUACGGUAGCCGGAGAGCUACUCGAGCAAAGGCUCAUGGGGGACCUUCCGGGGACAGCCCAACUGGGUCUCAUGGACGUCUUUGCGCGAGCGACUGUGUCUCCAGACGCGAAUUCGAGGAUGAGCCGCUCUGAGGUGACAUCACAGAUGCGAAUCAUCAUGUUUGCGGGCUCGGAGACAAUGACGAACACCUUGACCUUCGCACUGCUCGAGCUCGCCAGGCACCCGGAGUAUCAGCAUCGUCUUCGCGCUGAGAUCCGAGCAGCGGAGAAAGAUGUUCGUGCACGAGGAGCUGAAGGGAUCGCUCUCGCAGAUGUGGAGGCCAUGCCCUUCCUGCAAGCCUUCAUCAAAGAGGUAAUACGCUUCCAUCCUGUUGCUCCGUACCUCUAUCGGAGGCCAAUGGAGAACGACGUGCUGCCACUGUCCACGCCGAUCACGACGCGCUCGGGGAAGGUGAUUCGAGAAGUUCCCAUUCCUAAGGGUCUUCGUCUUGUACUUUCCAUUCCAAGAUUCAACAGUGAUCCGACCAUAUGGGGAGAAGAUGCGCACGUGUUCAAUCCAGAGCGGCACCUGAAAUCGGAACGGAAUGGACCAACUGGCUUUGGCUUGUAUGCUAAUACAAUGACCUUUGGUGCUGGUGUCCGCGGCUGCAUCGGCUGGAGAUUUGCUCUUUACGAGCUGCAGGCAUUCCUGGUCUCUCUCGUGUCUCAUUUUGACUUCUCUCCCACUGAAGACAUUGCUCGACUGCGAAGGGAACACGCAGGUUCUAUGGUAGCCAUGCUGGAUGGUGAGACUGAGAAAGGAGCGCAGUUACCGUUACGUGUUUCUCUGGCGGCACGUGAUUGA